AUGAUGCGGAAGCAGCAAACUGCUCCUAUAAAUGAGUUUGAAAUUUCUCAUGACAGUGCUUCCAAUACGUGGCAUGUGGAUGGAGCAGGGUUGCAACGUUUUGUCCAAAUGACAAAUUGGAGAUAUAUGGAUUCUGAGAGAAGAUUUCAACAUGUUUUGGAGGCUUGUGGUGUAUAUAAAUCUCUUAUCAAACUUGGUGUAAAGGAGGGCGACACUGUGAUUGUUGGGGAGAUGGAGAUGGUGUGGCACGAUGCUUCGGACAAUUCCAAAACAUCAAAAUUAAGGAAGUGGUCAGUAGAUUCAAUUAAAUGA